GUCGCGUCAGCUCCAUGGGCAAAUUGAGUUAGGAAGAUAUUGCAGUCGCUGUAAAGCUAACUGUUUAAUUUGCAACAAUGUCUUCACUUGAGUGUCUGAGAGAGUUUGUCAAUGAUCGACUAACCGCUGCUUUGGAGGAAAUAUUCGGAGUUUUUGAGAAAACCAUCGUUGAGUACGAGGAAGAGAUCAACCGUCAGCGCAGACUGUUGGAUAUGGUGUGGAACCCUGAAGUCAAGUUACACAGGAUAGAGCUCCCACAGCAACAUGUGUGUAAGCAGGAGGAGGUUCUCACUGACCAGGAGAGGAGCUCCAGUCUGGACCAGGAGGACCCAGAGCCUCCACAGAUUAAAGAGGAAGAGGAGGAACUCUGUACCAAACAGGAGGGAGAGCAGCUUGAACUGAAGGAGGAGGCUGAUACCUUUAUGACGACUCCUACUCAUGAGGAAAGUGACCACAGUGAAGAUCAGACUCUGGACUGCAGCACUGUUGAAACUCAGAGUGUGGUGAUGGAAAAGCCUCAAAGCUACAUUUCAGUUUUAAGCUCUGUGGUACCAGAGCCAACUUUUGACCACCAGCUCCUCUGUCACGACUCUCAUGUAGCUGAGAGCCAAGAUCAGACACGAGGCAAACAUGAAGACUCAGGAUCAAGUAGAGAUGCAGAGCCAGAACCACAGAGUCAUCAUCACACAAGCAUCAGUCACUGCAUCAAUGUAUAUACCCCUACUAUGACAACAACUCACUGUACUUCUCAAACUGUUAAAAACUCUUUCAAAUGUGACACGUGUGAGAAAGCCUUUAGGUAUAAGUCACUUUUGCAGAGACACCUGAUAAUACACACAGGUGAGAAACCACAUUCUUGUGACACGUGUGGGAAAAGAUUUAGCCGGACAUCUAUACUGAACGCUCAUAUGAGAACUCACACAGGUCAGAAGCCAUAUUCUUGCAACACCUGCGGCAAGAGAUUCAGCCAGACAUCAACAUUAAGCGCUCAUAUAAGAAUACACACAGGUGAGAAACCAUAUUCUUGCAACACCUGUGGGAAAAGAUUCAGUCGGACAUCACUAUUGAACUCUCACUCAACAGUCCAUACAGGGAAGAAACCGCACACUUGCGACACUUGUGGGAAAAGGUUCAGUCGGCCAUCGCUGUUGAACGCUCAUGCGACGGUCCACACAGGUGAGAAACCAUAUUCCUGCAACACCUGUGGGAAAAGAUUCAGUCGGACAAAGCAACUGAACGCUCAUUUAAGAGUCCACACAGGUGAGAAGCCAUAUAGCUGCAAAACAUGUGGGAAAAGAUUCAGUUGGACAUCACAGCUGAAGAAUCAUAGAAAAGUCCAUGUAGGUGAGAACCCAUGUGACAACAUCCUGAGCAGUGUUUGAAUUGGGAAGGCAUAUUGGACUGCAUACUGACUUUGUAUUUGAACCCUCACAGGUGAGGAGCCACAUGAGCACUUAUUAGAAAGUAUAUCUCAUACCUGACAAAACAGUCCGUAAACAGGACAAACCACCAGCUCCUCUGGACAAGUGUUCACUCACUAAAAUGUCUCUAUCUGCAAAUGUCAAACCUGCAGCCCACAACCUUGGUGUGAUAUUUGACAGUGACCUCUCCUUUAAAAAAACAAAUUACAAGCAUCGUCCAGUACUCUUUCUAUCAAUAAAGAAGCAUCUCCAAAAUCAGGUCCUUUCUCUUUCAGCAUGAUCUUGCGAAGGUCAUCCAUGCUUUCAUUUCUUCAUGGUUAGAUUGCUUCAACUCACUGUAUUCAAGGUUGAGACAGAAAGCCAUCUCACGGCUUCAGCGAGUGCAAAACACAGCUGCUCAGCUUUUAACAAACACUUAAACACACAACUAUAUCAGCCAUGUUUUAGCCUCUCUUCACUGGUUACCAGUCAGUUUAAGAAUUGAUUUUACUGAUCACUUUUAAAGCAUGGUUCAGCCCCCGGCUACACUGCUGAGAUGCUUCUCCCCUGUGAGCCAGAUCGCAGCCUCAGAUCCUCAGGCAGGGCUCUGCUGGCUGUUCUUCAGUCCUGGCUCAAAACUAAAGGUGACGAGGCUUUUGCAGUCAAGGCCCCUCAGCUCUGGAACUCCCUGCCCGAAGAUCUGAGGCUUUCAGAAUCAGUGGCACACUGUUUAUUUUAUAUAUGUCUCAUUUAAUUAUUUUUAUUGUUUUUUUAUCUUGUGUUUUAUAUUGUAUUACUUUAAUCGAUGUGCUGUGCCUCAGUGCAAUCUACAGGGCCUUAGUUGCCAACUUUUCUUAUCUGCUUCUGCAACGGUAUUUUAUCUUUACUGUUCUUUGUAUUUUCUUGAAUUGAAAUAAAGAAUACCAAUAUGUUUUUUCCAUGGCCUAGGAAACUUUAAUAAAUAUUUGUGAACAUGAGCUGCUCUCUCAAAGCCAGAAACCGGAGAAGUAAGUCUCCAAUUUCUGAUGUCAGAGGGUCUUAAGUCUGCAUCUGCUCCACAAACAGUGAAUGUGAGCCGAAUUUUAUGUAUGUAUAGAAUUUUGUUUUCUUUAUUAUACCCAAAUGAGCCUUAUUCUGUUGCACUGUUCUCAGUUAAUGUACCCAUAUAUACUCAUAACAUCCCCCUGGGUGCUCUCAGUAUCAUCUUUAACAUCUUUCACAAUCCAUUGUCAAUGGAGCAGCUCUAGGCUUGAUGUCCUAUGACAUCACAAAGAGUUUUAGCACCCCAGCGUUUGAAUUUGGGAGAGUUGUUCGUGUUUAUUUGGGGACUUAACUUAGACCACAGUAAUAGCAUUUAUGAAUUAACCUGUUUUUUCCACUUCAUGUUACUGUAUUACUCAUGUUGACUUCAGCAAUAGUAAUGUUUUAACAAUCAUAAUCUCCAAAAUCUUUGAAAGGUCUUGUUGCACAAUGAGCGCAGUUUCCACAAAUGUAUGUGCUGUUAAAUUAAUACUCUUGUUUUGCUACUUUUACACACUACUUACUGUCAAAAAUAUUGAUUUAUAGAUACAUAAUGAUUACAAAUGUUCUUAAAGGUGUCAAUACUCUUUUUCUGCAGUAUCGAUAUGCUGGUAUUUUUCCCUAACAAUGUUAUGACACCGCUGCAGUGCAUCCAUUGCUGCCUCCUCUCACUUGCUCUCUUCUCCGUUUAAUUCUGUUCAGUUCAGUUUAAUGGAGCUUUACUGACAUGCUGAACAUACGUUUACACUGCCAAAGCAAGUGUGAAAUAAAAGCAAAAAGUAUACAUGAAGUAAUGAUUGACAAGGAUAAAGAAAUGUGUAGACAGAGAUAUAAGAGCUGUGUCCCCAUCGCCCCGACUCCUCUCACUCCAUCACAGUGCCGUCUUCUCGACUCCCACCUAAUUUACUCUAGCUGCAUAUAAUCUUUUGUGACAUGGUUUUGUUUUUUACCUGCACUUUAUUUCCUUUUGAAUGUGUGACAAUCUGAGUGUCUUUUGAACGUGCACUACUGCAAGAAGAAUAUUGUUUUUGUUAAUGUAAAAAAGUUAUAAUCAUUGUUAAUGUCUACUACAGUCAUUCUGCUACUAAGAGAAGGAAAAAAUGUCAAAGCAUUGUUACAGUUAUCUUCUGUUAAAAUGUGUUUAACUUUAUGCCCUCAUUGUCAAUCAUGCCCCUUAGUAUCAAAAAUGGUAUCAGAGAUCGGUAUUUUUCAGCGCAUUUUGUCAAAGUUAGAAUUCCAGUGCUGUGACAACACUAAUGUGAAUUGAGAAUCUCUGAUGUUGAAGCUGAGAAACUCUCUCCUACAAAUGUAAAGGACUGACCUCUGGAAUGAAUAAACCCUUUACUAGUG